CUGAUGUAUUAUUUAACUGCUUUCAUGAUGAUGAUGUUUAUUCAUGAUCAUUUCCACUGUGUCCUAUCAUUAAUAUGUUGAAGGAACCGCCUCCCCCCCGUCCCUCCACCGACUGCGAUCAUUAAAAUUUGAUCGACCAGUGCGGUACAGCAAAUUACGCAUGCGCACAGCGAGCUGCUAGGCUUCUAACUGGCGCAUGCGCACUUACAAAUCCCCAGAACCAGCAGCAGCGGCGGUAGCUCAGGUCAGUCAGUCCAGUCAGCAGUCAUCCACGCAACUAUCUAUAUUCCCUUUUCUUAAAUUAGCCACUUUAAGCUUCGCGAUACCGCCCCCAAUUUCAGCGUCGGUACGGAGCCGCCAGGCCGGGACAGAGACGGAGAGAGAGGCCUCGGCCAUGGAAGCGCUCGGACCCGGCCCUCCUGCCCCGACCUCUCUGUUUCAGCCUCCGCGGCGUCCCGGCCUCGGCACGGUGGGGAAACCCAUCCGGCUCCUUGCCAACCACUUCCAGGUCCAGAUUCCCAAGAUUGAUGUCUAUCACUAUGAUAUCGACAUCAAGCCUGAGAAACGGCCUCGGAGGGUCAACAGGGAAGUGGUGGACACCAUGGUGCGGCACUUCAAGAUGCAGAUCUUUGGAGACCGACAGCCUGGCUACGAUGGGAAGAGGAACAUGUACACGGCACAUCCACUGCCGAUUGGAAGAGACAGGGUGGAUCUGGAGGUGACCCUGCCGGGGGAGGGGAAAGAUCAGACGUUCAAGGUGUCUUUGCAGUGGGUGUCUGUGGUCAGUCUUCAGAUGCUGCUCGAAGCUCUUUCAGGUCACCUUAACGAGGUCCCUGAAGACUCCGUGCAGGCUCUGGAUGUCAUCACACGGCAUCUGCCUUCCAUGAGGUAUACUCCAGUGGGGCGUUCAUUCUUCUCCCCUCCGGAGGGCUAUUACCAUCCUCUGGGUGGGGGCAGGGAGGUGUGGUUUGGUUUCCAUCAGUCUGUCCGUCCUGCCAUGUGGAACAUGAUGCUCAACAUCGAUGUGUCAGCAACAGCUUUCUACCGUGCUCAGCCUGUGAUAGAGUUCAUGUGCGAGGUGCUGGAUAUACAGAACAUCAACGAACAGACCAAACCCCUCACCGACUCCCAGCGUGUCAAGUUCACCAAGGAAAUAAGAGGCUUGAAAGUUGAGGUCACACACUGUGGUCAAAUGAAGAGGAAGUACCGUGUGUGCAAUGUAACGCGCCGACCUGCCAGCCACCAAACGUUUCCCUUACAGCUUGAGAACGGCCAAGCCAUGGAGUGCACAGUUGCUCAGUAUUUCAAGCAGAAGUACAAUCUACAGCUCAAGUAUCCACAUUUACCCUGCCUGCAAGUAGGGCAAGAACAGAAGCACACCUACCUUCCCCUAGAGGUCUGUAACAUAGUAGCCGGCCAACGCUGUAUCAAGAAACUGACAGACAACCAGACAUCCACCAUGAUCAAAGCUACAGCUCGCUCAGCCCCCGACAGACAGGAAGAGAUCAGCAGACUGGUCAAAAGUAACAGCAUGGUCGGGGGCCCGGACCCUUACCUGAAGGAGUUUGGCAUUGUGGUGCACAAUGACAUGACGGAGGUGACAGGCCGUGUUCUCCCAGCACCCAUGCUACAAUAUGGGGGCCGUGUGAGUACAGACACCGGAAGGGACUGUGGCAGGGGACUCUCUCCGCAGAACAAAACCGUGGCCACGCCCAACCAGGGCGUGUGGGACAUGAGAGGGAAGCAGUUCUAUGCCGGCAUCGAGAUCAAGGUCUGGGCUGUGGCCUGCUUCGCCCCACAGAAACAAUGUCGAGAGGACCUGCUCAAGAGCUUCACUGACCAGCUUCGAAAGAUUUCCAAAGACGCUGGGAUGCCCAUUCAAGGCCAGCCAUGUUUCUGUAAAUACGCCCAAGGAGCUGACAGCGUGGAGCCCAUGUUCAAACACCUCAAGAUGUCUUAUGUAGGUCUGCAGCUGAUUGUGGUCAUCCUGCCUGGCAAAACACCAGUCUAUGCUGAGGUGAAGCGGGUGGGGGAUACUCUCCUUGGCAUGGCAACCCAGUGUGUGCAGGUGAAGAACGUAGUGAAGACGUCCCCUCAGACCCUCUCCAACCUGUGCCUCAAGAUCAACGCCAAGCUGGGAGGCAUCAACAACGUCCUGGUGCCUCAUCAGAGGCCGUCUGUGUUCCAGCAGCCUGUCAUCUUCCUGGGUGCAGAUGUCACACAUCCUCCAGCGGGUGACGGGAAGAAGCCGUCCAUUGCUGCAGUGGUGGGCAGCAUGGACGGCCACCCCAGCCGUUACUGUGCGACAGUGCGUGUCCAAACAUCCAGGCAGGACAUGUCGCAGGUAACAUCGACUGAGCAACUCUUCAGCCAGGAGGUAAUCCAAGACCUUACCAACAUGGUGCGAGAGCUGCUCAUCCAGUUCUACAAGUCCACGCGCUUCAAACCCACAAGAAUCAUCUAUUACCGUGGGGGCGUGUCAGAGGGACAAAUGAAACAGGUCGCGUGGCCGGAGCUGAUAGCCAUCAGGAAGGCCUGCAUCAGUCUGGAGGAGGAUUACAGGCCAGGCAUCACCUACAUAGUGGUUCAGAAACGCCACCACACUCGUCUGUUCUGCUCUGACAAAGCUGAGAGGGUCGGUAAGAGCGGUAACGUCCCAGCAGGCACUACAGUGGACAGCACCAUCACACACCCGUCCGAGUUUGACUUCUACCUGUGCAGCCAUGCUGGAAUUCAGGGAACCAGUCGUCCCUCCCACUACCACGUCCUGUGGGAUGACAACUGUUUCACUGCCGAUGAACUGCAGCUCCUCACCUACCAGCUGUGCCACACCUACGUCCGCUGCACGCGCUCCGUCUCCAUCCCAGCACCGGCCUACUAUGCCAGGCUAGUGGCUUUCCGAGCCCGCUAUCACCUGGUGGACAAAGACCACGACAGUGCUGAAGGCAGCCACGUGUCGGGUCAGAGUAACGGACGGGACCCCCAGGCGUUGGCCAAGGCAGUUCAGAUCCACUAUGAUACCCAGCACACCAUGUACUUCGCCUGAGCUCGCGAGCACGUCAGCCAGUCCACCCGCGGAUUCCCUUUUCUCUCUGUCUUUUUAUCUCUUAUUUGCCAGUCUCUCUCUCUAUCUCCUCUUCUUCUCAUCUCUCUUUCCUUGUAGUCUGUCUCUUUCUCUUCACACUCAGUCUACUCAUUUUUCUGAAUCUGCACCAAAGCGGCUCUUGGACGGGAAAAAUCUGCUGCGACUCGAUGUCCAGCAGGUUUUUGUUUUUAAAGGAACAAUCUCCAACCAGCGUUCCCAAUUGAGCCGCCUUUCAAACCAGCAAUCAAGCACUGCGAACCCUGAGGGUUUCCAGUGUGCAAAAGAAAAAACAAACCAUACACGCAUACUACAAGUUGAGCCAUUAUUUUAAUUUUUUUUUUCUAUUUGAAUGUCUGCACUCUUGUGUUUGUAAGAUACACUGAGCAAGGGAGUGGAUUGGCACAGUCUGUGUCAGCGCAGCUCUUUAGCUCUCCCAGCUAAGCAGGACUCUUAUCUACUUUUACCUCAAAGCCCCUUUGGGCAAAAUCUGUCACAAGGUCUUGGGUUUAUUGGGUGGUGGGGAGGGAACUCUACAGGAAAAGAGACGGAGGGGAGUCGACCUUUUGAGAAUGAUAUAUAUACAUAUAUAUAUUUUCCUUUUUAUGAGCGUGUGUUUUAACUUUUUCUCCUUUACCGUCUUUUACAAGCGAGGUGACCUGGGUGUCAUGCCCAUAAACUACUUUCCUCCCAUCAUAGCGAAUACACAAGUCUUUGAGUGAAUGUGUGUGUGUGUGUGUGUGUGCGCGCAUCUCUGUAUAUACAUGUACUGCUGUAUGAGAGUGUGUUUGUGUGUGUGCAUGCGUUUCAUGGCAGGCCACUGAAUUGUAAAGGGAAAUCAAGGAGAUAACUGCUGUAAAUGCCUCAGAUUUGUUGUUUUUAUAUUCACACAUACAGUACAUAUAAGCAUAUAUUUACAUCUAUAGAGCAACUUUGAGACAUAUGACUUAAACAGGCCUCGUGGAGGCCGGUGUGGGUAUUUGUAGCAGUCCUGGUUUGCUUAUAAAUUGAAAUGUUUUGAAUUGCAUUUCACUGCGAGCGCAAGUUUAGUGGGAUUUGCACCUUUGUGCCUCAGAACACCGUUUUAAUCCCAGAACAAAGGUGAUUUAAAUCAUUUCAAGUGUAAGUGAAGUCAGGUCUGAUGUGUAGCAGUAGUAACCGUGGUCUGGCCUGUGACUGGCUCAGCAUUGGGACCUGUUAAAAAGGCAGAAGGCAUUAAACGCAGAGCAUGGUCUUAUCAACCUUGCUUUCUGUGUGAGAAGCAGGAUCUUAUUUUUCUUUGGACCUGAUUAUUUGAAAGAUUAUAUGACGACACGGCUGGACGUUGCUUUUCUUUUUCUUUUUUUUUUUUCUUUUUUUAGUAGUUUCAAGGGCCGGAAACCAACGUAGUUUUUUGAGGUCUCCCUUGUUAAUACUGGCCAAUUCAUUGCACUGACCCGGGACGCUAGGCAAGCAACAGAGGGCACUCUCAAUCUCUCGUACCUUUAUGCAUUUAUACAUACGAAUCAACAAAGCAGAUUUGUAAAAGUUUAAUAUAAGAUGUUUUGUGGUUAUCUUAAAAAAAAAAACCUGUUGUUUAGAAUUAGUAGUUUACCAUUGAUGUUGUUGUUGUUGUUAUCGUUGUUGUCAAUGUUGUUACUAUUGUGAUGAAAUUUUACGGUUGGCAGCAAAGCCAGUUAUAGUUACUAGUGCGACUUCAGGAAUAGACUUCAGUUGUUGAGCUGCAGGUUUAACGGGGUUAGAGCUUUGGGUUGGAACUUUCUUUUUUUUUUGUAGCAUUCUGGUUAUUGGUGAGAAGGAGCAGUAGGCCCCAGGAUGGAUGAAUUCAUGCUUCCUCUGUAGGUUUUUGAGGUAAUGUGUAGCACUCCGACUGGUAGGACAGAUCUGCCGCUGUGUACAUCACUCAGGUGGUUUGGAUCAGAUAGAUGGAGACAAUCAGGGAUUGUAAUCAGAGUGAAACUAGAUUAAGGGAUUGGUUCAAAAACGGUCUGCGAAAGGCAAUGAGUUGAAUUUUUAGACUUUUUAAAAAAAACGGUUUCUAUUCCUCUGUGUGUAUUUGAAGUAUACCCAUCUUAAAGUCUCUAUUUGACGGUGUUUGUUUCAUAUUUUUUAUGCAUUUUUAACACUGGAUUAAAUGAAUUGACAAUAAGCAUAAGCACUGCCCUUGGACCCCCUGUACAAACACUCAGCACACUGUCCACCAUGAUAUCUGGUGGCAGUUGCACAAAUGGUGCCCCCUGGUGUUGGAGGGAGAGUUUUUGGAGGUAGAGGUCGACGUGCACGCCUCAUCAGGGGGGGACAGCUCAGUGGAAGCCCUUUUGUAAUAAACCACCCGUAAAGCAACAGGUUUACUAUGAAAUGAGUUUGAGCACCUGCCUGUUGGAGGCGUGGGCGUUGGCAUCGGGGAACAGAGAAGCAGGAAGUGAGGGAGCAGCGGGGCGGGGGGAUUGUGAGGGUGUCGUCGAGGCAUUGCAUGCAAUAAGUUUUACUCUUUGCAGAUCAAUUUUUAAAAAACAUGCACUAGUUUUACCAAGCCAAGCGGGCUGUGAUUGAAUAUUCAUCUGGCAUCUCUAACGGGGAAUGAUUUUGUUUUAUAUCCUUCACAAUAUUAAACUCCAGUCAGAUCAGUGAUCACUCCCUGUGUUUUGUAACAUUGCGAAGCAAUAUUAACCCAGUUCUAGUUUUCAAAUGUGGAGAAACAAAGCUAUAAUUCUACUCAUUGUGGUUGUUGGUCUACUCUCGCAAAUUGUGUCUCUGUACUUUUUUAAUUUUUUGUUAUUUUUAGUUUAUUUUAUUUGCUUGUAUCAAUCAGUGGGAAUGUGCA